GUCACAUGGAACCCACAAAUCGACCCAUAUGUUUGGUGAACAUUCACUAUUUGAUCUCUGCUGCAACUCUGAAUCGAUACCUGGAAAGACUUCGAAACAACUUUACAGUUCAAUUAUUUUAAUCUGAAAUGGCUGGAAGAGCUCAAAUCCGUACUAGCAACUCAGCACUUAUUGCCAUGAUUGCUGAUGAGGACACUGUUACUGGAUUUUUGCUGGCUGGAGUUGGUAACGUUGAUCUGCGGAGAAAGACAAACUACCUUAUUGUUGAUUCGAAAACAACGGUGAAAGCAAUUGAAGAUGCAUUCAAAGAGUUUACAACAAAAGAGGACGUUGCUAUUGUAUUAAUCAGCCAAUAUGUAGCAAACAUGAUAAGGUUCUUGGUUGAUAGCUACAACAAGCCAAUUCCAGCGAUCUUGGAGAUUCCUUCCAAGGACCAUCCAUAUGACCCUGCUCAUGAUUCAGUUCUUUCACGAGUAAAACAUCUCUUUUCUACGGAGUCUGUAGCAUCUGGAAGGCGUUGAGGAUAUUUAAAUUUUCCUUUUAUCAGGUUGCAAACAUGAUAAGGUUCCCAUUUGAAAGCUCCAUAUGUUUGCAUUUCUGGACAGGGUUGUUUGAUAUGUGAUGUAUCUCUCAUCACUUUAUUCUUUCCUUCCUGCCUCUAUCUUCAAUUUUAACAAUGAGAUCAAGACUUUCUGUAAUCGCAAUUCAACAAUAAAUUUCCUGAUUGAACUGA